AUGGCCGCUGUAGCGCUGGACAUUACAGGAAGAUCAUCUCAGCAACCUGACCUCAUUCGUUCAGAUAAUGUAGCAGAUAAUGGAGCAGAGAAAGGAAGUGAGCGAUUCCCAGGUGACAAUGAUGGAGCGCGAUUCUUCCAGGAUAAUUCAAACACCGGUGCUCGCAUUCUCGACGAUGGCCGGGUAUCAAUCCACAUCGAUGAACAUUCUCCGCGGCUGUUUUUACAACGCCUUGGUAUACCUUCUGGCAGGGAGGUGGAACAAACAGAUGGCGCAGAACGUCCUAUUCCGAAGGAUGUGGUGAAGAUUCCACUGCAAUUAAACAUCGUCAUCCAGGUGAUUGGUUCUCGGGGCGACAUCCAACCCUUUAUUGCACUGGGGAAGGAACUGAAAGCACACGGUCACAGGGUCAGAUUGGCCACGCAUAUGGCCUUUCGAGAGUUCGUUCUCGAUGGCGGUCUAGAGUUCUUCAAUAUCGGGGGAGACCCGGCGGAGCUAAUGGCUUUCAUGGUCAAAAAUCCGGGCCUCUUGCCGGGUGUUAAGUCAAUACGCAGCGGAGCCAUCCAGAAGCGCCGACGUGAGAUGAGAGAAAUUUUCAAUGGAUGUUGGAAAUCCUGCUAUGAGACGGGUGAUGGAACUCAUCUUCAUCAGAUCAAAGAGGAUCCAUGGAGUAAAACUGUGGAUUAUCGACGACGGCCCUUUGUGGCAGAUGCCAUUAUAGCCAAUCCCCCAAGCCUAGCCCAUAUACAUUGUGCGCAGCGAUUGGGCAUUCCUCUUCACAUCAUGUUUACAAUGCCCUGGUCACCAACACAGUCAUUUCCUCACCCAUUAGCCACUUUGCACACCCAGAACAGUAAGCGGAGUGUCGCAAAUUUCGUGUCCUACGGUAUUGUGGAUAUGAUGGUGUGGGAAGGUCUUGGAGAUAUUCUAAACACGCUUCGCAAGAAUACCCUAGCGCUCCAACCUCUGGAUUCAUUGACUGUUCCAAGCUUACUGCAUCGACUGCACGUGCCCCAUGCGUAUCUAUGGUCCCCGGCAUUGCUACCCAAACCCCCCGAUUGGUCUGAUAAAAUUGACGUAUGCGGUUUCAGCUUUCUCCCAUCAGAGACCAGCUACACGCCUCCAGUGGAAAUAGAUACAUUCCUCAAAGCUGGACCGAGACCACUCUAUGUCGGAUUUGGUUCUAUCGUCGUGGACGAUCCAGUCAAACUGACGGAAAUUGUAUUCAAAGCAGUUCAAAAGACUGGACAGCGGGCUCUCAUUUCAAAGGGCUGGGGAGGUCUUGGGGCAGACGGAGUGGAUGUGCCGGACAAUAUUCUCAUCAUUGGAAACUGCCCCCAUGAUUGGCUGUUUCGACAGGUUUCAUGCGUGGUCCACCACGGUGGUGCUGGUACGACAGCCGCAGGCCUCGCGCUUGGUAGACCAACGAUAAUUGUCCCCUUUUUUGGCGACCAGCAGUUUUGGGGAGACAUCGUGGCACGAGCAGGAGCCGGGCCGGCGCCAAUACCUCAUAAACGUUUGAAUGUCCAGAAUCUGUCAGACGCAAUAGAAAAGGCGCUGGAGGCAUCUACCUUAGAAAGGGCACAGGCGAUCGCAAUUGACAUGCAGGAAGAGUCUGGGGUGCAACAUGGCGUGUAUAGUUUUUAUCGACAUCUUGAUAUCCAGUCACUCAGAUGCUCUAUAUUCCCGAAUCGGCCGGCGGCUUGGCAUCUCAAGCAUACUAAAAUUAACUUAAGUGCCUAUGCAGCAACAGUCCUGGUAAAAUCACGCAAAAUCAGUCCAGAUAUGCUCGUGCUGCACCGUCCAAAAGAAUACGAUACAUUCCGGGAUCCGAGCGGCCCACUUACUGCUAGUGCUCAGUUGCUAGUUGGGUCCAUGGCGAGUUUCAUGACUGGGCUUGUGGAUACCCCAAGAGAGAUCCUGCUUGAUUUUAUUUCUGCAGUUCACGCACUAAGCCACCCGCGUGAACAUUUCAAUCAACACACAGCAUAUCGGGCAGCAAUUUCAUGUCCAGAUCAAUCAUCCCCCGAAGAUAGUGUCGAGAGCGAGGAAAGGCAAUUUGAGGAUAAUGAAGAGGACGACGAAGUUCCAAACGAGGAGAGUACGCAGGGAGAUUUUGCUGAUGAGGAAAAUGAAACCUAUGUCAACAGCAGCACACGGUCGUCAAGCAUAGAACGUAAACGGAACCUCCAACAGGAAAAGGCCAAGCCAAUGAGCAGUUCGAUGACGUCGUCGAAAUCACAAAAACUCAAUGUUUUACACGAAGCUGCGUUCCACGGAAGUAAUAUGUCGAAAAAGUUCUUGAGGCUAAUUAUCUUGUUGCCAACUGAUGUGUCACUGAGCAUGGCCAGAGGAUUCCACAACGCACCUAAAUUAUAUCAUGAUCCGACAGUAAACGACAUCCCCCAAGUGAUUAGCAUUCGAAGUGGGAUCAGGGCAGCUGGAAAGGAACUCCAAGAUGGAUUCUACUUAGGUAUAACGGGCCUAGUAACGCAUCCGCGUCAUGGUUUCAAAGAUAACGGUGGGAUGGGAUUGCUCAAGGGGCUCGGGAAAGCAGUGGGUGGGGUGUUUCUCAAGCCGACAGCGGGGCUAUGGGGUCUAGCAGGGUAUCCAUUGAGCGGGGUACUCAGAGAAAUCAAUGACUCGUUGGGCAAACACCAGAAAUGCAUGAUUGUGAUGGGUCGCAUAUCGCAAGGUCUUGAAGAGACGGAAGAAUCGACAGCCCAGGAAGGAGCAGAAGUAUUCAGGAGGUGGAGUGCAAUUGAAGAGGACAUGGAAAGGUCGAAUAAACGACAUAUUGUACGACGCAGCCAUUUGUAUACGCAAGAAACUGCAGGUGUUGUGUAA